AUGGUGGCACACGACUGCCCCUCAGAUCCACCGACACCGCCCUCAGUGGAAAACUGCUCAGGGGGUGGGCGGAGCAGACAUUCGGUGGAGGCCAGACUCAAUGCAAAUCGCAAGAAAAGUAUAAAGAAAGGUUGUAAUGCAAACCGGGACGGUGGUCUCCAGAGCCUCUCUGCUAAGGAGAGGGACAGGAGGCUGGUCCAGGCGGCUGAGCAGCGGGCAGUGGGGGAGCUGAGGGCGCUGAUCGCCGCAGGGGCCGACGUGGGGGUGAGGGGCGAGUGGGGGCGGACCGCCCUGCACUGUGCAGCACAGAGGGGAGACGUCGAGGUGGCGAGGCUGCUGGUGGGGGCGGGGGCGGAGGUGGACGCCAGGACUGACUUGGGGUGGACGCCGCUGCAUCUUGCGGCACUCAAUGGCCGCGCAGAAGUGGCGGCUGCGCUGCUCGCCGCGGGUGCCGACAGGAGGGCCACAACUGAUGUUGGUGGGUGGACAGCGCUGGACAUCGCCAGGCUGCACAACCACAGGCGGCUGGUGGAGAUGCUGUCAUGA